AUGGCCUCUUUAAUCGUCUUGUCAGGUGUAGUAGGUUACUACCUCUACAAAGAGAAGAAAGAUCGAAAAGAGAGGAAACUCCAUGGUAAGGAUACCAGUGGGAUGACCAGCCCAGCUAUCGCUACCUCAAUAGCAACUAGGCAGAACAAGUUAGGGAAAUCAGAACAUGGAAUACGAGGAAAUACCUCCAACGUACCAAAAUGCCUUAAUCUCACCUCCUGCUCAAUAUGCCCACGAACUAUCAUAUAUGGCUCCUCGAAUGAGAACGAUAGUAAGGCUCCGAAAAGUAAGAAUAAGAGGAGAUCAAGAUUGUUCAGGAAACCUCUUUCUCUCGAGGAGUAG